AUGUGUUCACGGCACUCCCGUAUUCGAAAUUUUAGUCAACCUCGCAUUGCCGCUUAUGUCAUCGCCAUCAUUGUUGGUCUAUGGAUUCUUAUACCAAUUCAUGUUCUAGUUUUUUAUAAAGUCGAAAAUGGUCGAUGUACUGUUCCUGAGGCAUAUCUGUAUUUCAAUGCUGCCUAUUCUGUGUUGAUCGGAGCAGCCUUGCCACCCGGCAUAAUGAUUGUAUUUAGUGCUUUAGCUGUUAGGAGUUUGCGAGGCAUACGAAAAAGUAUCCGACAGGCUAUUGUACAAGUAAAUAAUGCUAGUAUUAGGGAUUCCGCGACCACUACACCGAUGAGUAUUCGAAUAAAACAGCAUGAUCAUCAACUGCUGAAAAUGCUUUUAGUAGAUGUCAUACUCUAUUGUCUAUCCAAUAUUCCACCACCAAUGAGCAAUAUAUACAGUUCGGUUACAUUGAAAUGGAACAAGACUCCGGAACAAAUUCAACUACAAAAUUUUUUUACUUACUUGGUCUCUCAAUUUUUUAUAUAUUUUAGUACAUCGGCUUCGCUCUAUACUAAUCUCAUGAUAUCGAAAACAUUUCGACAUGAGCUCAUAUCAGCUCUCCUUCGGCAUUUCCUAUCGACAAGACGCGUUCUAAUCAGAGUGUACACGAAUGGAAAUACAAACAACACCGUGAGACCAAUAAAUGGCAUCGUUGGAGCCAAUACUGCACCAUAG